CCUUCUAUAUCGGAAAGACGUGACGUCACGUCAGCUGAUGAAGUCACGUGAAGAAAGAGAGGAAACGCAGCAGAUAGGCUUACUCAUAGGGCAAAACAAGUGAACAUGACUACUAGCACUCUGACACAGGGUCUGGAGAGGAUCCCUGAUCAACUGGGUUAUUUGGUGAUCAGUGAGGAUGGCGUAUUGGCGUCUGCAGGAGAGCUGGAGAAUGAUGAGCACACAGCGGGGGUCAUAAUGCAGAUGAUGCGGACAGCGUGCCGCUUCAGACUGCAGGGUGCUGCUGAGCCGCCCUUCAAACGCAUGUCAGUCAUGCUAGAGGACUAUGUGUACACAGUGACCGUGUCUGGUCAGAAGGUAUUUGUGGUGAAACGUCAAAACAACCAUAGGGAACCUGUAGUGGUGUAGAACCGUGUAGUGAAGAUGGGUUGGGAGGAUGAAGGCCACCACUCCAAUCAACGCACUCACACGGGACAGGGACUCAGUAAUCCACUGAACUGUUCCGUUCCUAUUUCUAUAAGGUUUCAGAACAACAGAAGAAAGUACAUAUGAAGUUAUACUGAACAAAAAUAUAAAUGCAACAUGCAACAAUUUCAGAGAUUUUACUGAGUUAAAGUUCAUAGAAGGAAAUCAAUUGAAAUAAAUAAAUUAGGCCCUAAUCUAUGGAUUUCACAACUGGGCAGGGGUGCAGCCUGGGAGGCCAGGCCCAGCCAAUCAGAAAACGUUUUUCCCCAAAAAAGGGCUUUAUUACAGCCGGAAAUAUUCCUCAGCACCCCUCAAUCCCCUAUGUGAAGAAGCUGGAUGUGCAGGUCCUGGGCUGGCGUGGUUACAUGUGGUCUACGGUUGUGAGGCGUACUGCCAAAUCCUCUAAAACGACGUUGGAGCCAGCUUAUUCUAGAGAAAUUAACAUCAAAUUCUCUGGCAACAGUUCUGUUGGACAUUCCUGCAGUCAGCAUGCCAAUUGCAGGCUCCCUCAAAACUUGAGACAUCUGUGGCAUCGCGUUGUGUGACAUAACUCCACAUUUUAGAGGCUUUUUUAUUGUCUCCAGCACAGGGUGCAUCUUUAAUGAUCACGCUUAUUUAAUAAGCUUCUAGAUAUGCCACACAUGUCAGGUGGAUGGAUUAUCUUGGCAAAGGAGAAAUGCAGGGAUAACAGGGAUGUAAACAAAUUUGUGCACAAAAUUUGAGAGAAAUAAGGUUUUUGUGUGUAAUAAAUAUUUUAUUUCAGCUCAUGAAACAUGGGACAAACACUUCACAUGUUAAGUUUAUAUUUUUGUUCAGUAUAGAUAUUGAAGAAUUCACAUUGAAUGGCCCACAAUAGGCAUCAAACUGCAUGUGUAAUCUUAAUUGUUAACUUUUUGUAAUGAGAAAUGAAACAGAAUAGUGCUGUGGUGUAGUCCGUACCGUAUGUGACACAAAUGAAUUGUCGGUUUGUGUGUGGCAGUUAGACUGGAAUUCAAUCUAUUCAGUUUAUAGUAUCAGCACACAUGCUAUUUAGUUUGAAUGCUCCCCAACAAUGUUUUCUUUAACAUUCUGAAUGUUGCAGAUAGAAAUACCUUGGAUAGAGCUGGCAUCUUUAAAUACUCAAUAGAACAGAAGCAUGUCUGUUCUACUUAAUACAUUUCUAUGUAGUAAUGUUGUGCCCUACUGAAUGUGGCUGGAUGGAAAUUUAUAUUUUUUGGGUGUAACUCUGUGCUGUUUUUUUUCUAACCUGAACUAAGUGUCAUGAGUGUGCAAUGUUGCUAUGUAAUUGCUAUCGGUACAAAUGUAUAUACACAUGCAAUGACUGUUAUCGUGAGCUAUUGUCUUGGCAUGUUAAAUUGUGUGGGAGAUUCAGGGCUUUAUUUGAUUACCUCAAAGCUUUGCUUAUAAACAUCCACAUGCUUUGAA